AUGAACACUUUUGGUGGAGACGAGGUUGGAGCCGUUGUUAUUGAUGUCGGUACUCACACAAUUAAAGCUGGAUUUGCAGGAGAAGAAAAUCCAAAGGCGAUCAUCCCAUCAGUGAUUGGUACUGUAUUUGACAGUGAUGAUAAAUCAAAAAUUUCUAGCUAUUAUGUGGGUAACAAGGAAAUUUCCUUCGCAAGGCCUGGCAUGGAAGUACAAAACAUCUUUAAUUCAGAUACUGGAGAGAUUCAAAACAUUGAUUAUUUUGAGAAGGCUUUAAAUUAUAUUUAUGACGAAAGACUAGGUGUGAAACCGAACGAACACCCACUUUUAAUGUCAGAAGAUCCUCUUUGUUCUUCAUCAGGAAGAGAAAAGUUAGCAUCUCUAGUUUUUGAGAAAUGUAAUAUUCCAAGUUUUUUCUUGUCCAAACAACCAGUUUUAAGCUGUUUUGCAAAUGGAAAAUACACAGCCCUAGUUGUUGACAGUGGUCAUAAUGCUACAACUGUCACAUCUGUGCAUGACGGUUUGGCUCUUCGUCAAAGCACAAUCAAAACUACUAAAGUUUGUGGAAAAGUAUUGGACGAAGAUCUAAGAAAUCUAGUUAAAACAAAGAGGGGAGGUAAGGACAUCCUUGCUCCUCAUCAAUUUACUAAGCAAAGAAGCUCUCAACAACCAAGCUCCAAAUCCACUAAAAUUGUAGAACACCAUAUUGACGGAUUAACACAAUCUUUUAAUGAUUAUUCAAUCAACAGAAUUGUUGGAGACAUGAAGAUCAAUCUACUAAGAGCAUCAGAGGAUGGAGCUGUUCAAACAGGAAACACACCACUUGUGAGCUUUGAGUUAAAUGAUGGAAACGAUAUUGAAAUUGGUCUUGAAAGAUUCUCAAUUUGUGAACGUUUAUUCAACCAUGAAUAUGGACUUGCAAAAUUGACAUGUGAUUCUAUCAACAAAUGUGACGUGGAUCUUAGGAAGGAAUUAUAUUCAAAUAUUUUGUUAGUUGGUGGAAAUACAUUAAUUCCUGGUGUACCAACAAGGUAUGAACACGAAUUAAUAAGAAUGGCGCCAAAUAAUGUUAAAGUUAAACAUCCACUCAACACAAAAAUAUCUGCAAAUAUUCACACACUUUCCACAUCUAUGGGUAACUCCUCAACCCAAUCAACAAUGCAAACAGCAGUGGCUCAACUACAAGAAAGAAAGUAUGCUUCAUUCAUUGGUGGAUCAAUACUUGCUAGUUUAGGAUCUUUUCAAUCUAUGUGGAUUUCUAAAUCAGAGUUUGAUGAAAUGGGUGCUGCUCAAUGUUUAGCAAAAAAAUGUCCUUAA